ACUCUCCUGAGCGAGAAUCCAGCCUCCAUUGAAAGAAGCUUCACAGGUUUAUUCUAGGGUUUCUUUUCCUAGCUUUUCUCUACUGUUUAGGUUUUGUCUCGUUCCUCUGUUUUAUUCUGCUGCUUUCAGACAAAUCCUUUUCAGUCCUAUUUGUGUUUACCUGUGUUUUUGUGUGUGUGUGUGUUGUGAAUGUAGAGGAUCUGAAAAUUGAAGUCUUUUGUUUUGGGGUUCUAGAUAUGGAUAGAAUCAGUGGCUUACCUAAUGAACUACUAGUCAAGAUACUUUCCUCUCUUCCGACAAAAGAAGUUGUAUCAACUAGUGUUUUGUCUAAACGAUGGGAGUUUCUUUGGAUGUGGGUUCCUAAACUCAAGUUUGGAAUGAAUCAUUACGAAGCAGAUCUUCCUAUUCGUGAUUUUAUCACCAAGAACCUGCCUUUACUUAAACCUCACGUUAUAGAAAGCUUUCAUCUCCAAUGUUUUACUAAAUCCUUUCAACCUGAGGAUAUUAACCAUUGGGUUGAUACUACGAUUUCUCGCUGCGUUCGCGAGCUGAUUAUCGACUCUUAUGAUUUGUCUUGCGUUGGCAAACCUGUUGCGUUAUUACCAAGUAGCUUGUACACUUGCAAAUCCCUCGUGACUUUAAAUCUUACUGGUGAAACCAUUAUUGUGGAUGUUCCCCGAACGGCUAGUCUUCCUUCUUUGAAAACACUGGAGCUUAAUCGUGUGGCAUACUCGAAUGAAGAUUCUCUUCGGCUGCUUCUUUCGUAUUGUCCUGUUCUUGAAGAGUUGAUUAUCGACCGAAUUGGAGAUGACAAUGUGAAAACCUUAGUUGUUAUGGUUCCGUCUUUGCUGAGACUAACUUUGCCGAUUUAUUCAUGUUAUGGGUAUGUUAUAGUUACUCCUUCUUUGAAAUAUCUCAAAGUUCGGAGCCCUUAUGGAGAGUACUUCUCCUAUUUGGUUAUGCAUAUGCCAAAUCUUGAAGAAGCAAAACUCUAUGUUGAGCAAAAUCUCGAAAAGCUUCUCGAAUCAAUCACAUCUGUCAAACGCCUUUCUCUAUCCGUACUAGUCGACAUCAAGAGUAUGUAUCAUAAUGGGAUUGUCUUCAAUCAGCUUCAACAUCUGAAGCUACAUAUAUACUGCGAUAAUUGGUCCAAGUUACUUGUACGGAUGCUCGAAGAUUCUCCUAAACUACGAGUUCUCAAGCUUCUCGUCGAUGAUGAUCCAGACUUUGAUGAUGACCAUGAACAUGUUAGCUGGAAAUAUAAUGAUGAGACCUCUGUUCCUAAAUGUUUGUUGGAUAGUCUUGAGAUUUUCGAGUUUGCUGGGUACACGGGAAGACCAGAAGAAAGAGAUUUCGUGAGUUAUAUCAUGAAACAUGCUUGUCAUCUUAAGUCUUCAUCAAUUUCGCGCUUAUCACGCUAUAUCCUAGAGUAGAAACUUCGAAAAUGAUCAAGGAGUUGUCGUAUCGAUCUCUGUAUUUUAGGCUUUUUGUUGUUGUUGUUGUUCUUGUAGUUGUCCAAGAUUGAAGUUGGUAUUUAACUUGUAAUGUUGAACUUGCUUUCAAUCGGAACAUGUAACUGAUGAUCAUUUCUCUUUGAAGUGUGUAUAUGUUUGGUGUUUGGGUUUGUGGGUUUCAAUCUCUACUUAU